GGUGUCUCUGGCGCCUCUAGCUGUCACACGCUGCACAACUUGAGAGACAAACUGCAUCGAGUCUUUUGUGGAUCCCGAACCAGCCAGGUUGUCUGAAUGAAUGGAGAGCCGACGGUUGACCGGAGAGGGCGGCGAGACGACGCCGAGGACUCGGUGUGUUCAACUUCAGCAGCACGUUGUGUAAAAGUUCAUAGCACGAAGUCCAGCCGUGGGGUUUGCUUCUUUAAAAAAAAAAAAAAAAAAAAAGGACACGACUAAUGUAUUUUUCCUCCUCGUAAUCUCAUUCCUGCACCAACAGACGUUUGGGGACGUCGAGGAGCUUUUCUUUUUCGCGUGUGUGCAGCCAGCCAGCAACAGGUUAUUUACAGCUUAGCAUGGACUCCAACUUGCAGCCGUACCUCGCUGGUUGAUAGACUGUGUUCAUUCUUUUUUUUGUUUUUUUCUCGCGGAUGCAGGUUUGCCACUCUUCCGUGCAUUCACCGCGAUGUGAGUUGCAGCUUUGUGCUCGCCGCCGACCACCGAUCCCGACAGGCUGAAGAGGCGUUUUUAAAGGAAGAGCGACCGCAGAAAAUGGGAAGCAAGUUGAGAAUGCCAUAGAGGGGACUGCUUCGUUAAACAUCGCCGGGUGAUUAGCGCUUGAGCCUGCCACACGCACCGACAGACGGACCUGCGAGGAGAGCUGCUGCUGCUGUUGUUGGUGUGCAGGGCUUAUUUUCUCUCCGGGGGAAGGACUGCGUGCAUAGAUGGUGCCAAACAAGUGGACCAUGAAUUCAGUUCUGCACAAAUCGCCACCGAGGAGCUGGCUUGGUCUCCGAUUACGUCUCAACGAGAAGCCCGUCCAGGAGGAGGACUGGGUGGGUUGCCAGCACCCCCAGUGUCCGGAGCGCCGGAGGGCCUCUAAGGUUUGCCACCACCCAGACUGCCAAGACCUGAAUAACAAAAGCCCCCUUCACCUGUGCGAGUCAUGUGACUCGCUCAGCCACUCGGAGAACACAGACAACAUGCACUUUGACCGGCACCCCCGAUUUGACUUACAACCUCAAGCCUCCAUCCUGGCUCGGAACGUGUCCACGCGCUCCUGUCCCCCGCGCACCAGCCCCCCCUCUGACCUGGAGGAAGAGGACGAGGGGAGCAAUGAGCGCGGGGAGCAUAAAACAGGGGGGAUGAAGUUGGUGAAAAAGAAGCCACGGAGACGACACACUGAUGACCCCAGUAAGGAGUGCUUCAGCCUUAAGUUUGAUCUCAGCGUGGACAUAAACACAGAAAUUGUACCUGCGAUGAAAAAGAAAACCUUGAGAGAGGUUCUAGGUCCAGUGUUUGAGAGGAACGGCAUUGAGCUGUCCCGGGUCGACCUGUUCCUGGAUCAGUCCAACACGCCGCUGUCCCUCAACUUUGAGGCCUACCGUUUCGGAGGACACUACCUGAAAGUCAAAGCGCGCCUAGGUGACGAGCUGAAGGUGGAGCAGGGUGUGAAGGACUUGCGGUCGCUCAGUCUGCCCAACAUGAAGCCCUCCGGCGGCCAGAGCCCCUACAUCCUCACCCCAGGCAGCGAGAGGGUGGAGCAUGGAUCCCUGGGACGCAAAGAAAGCGUGGACCUGCUGGGUCAGGCUCGAAGGAGGAAGAACAUGACCGAGUUCCUGGGAGAGACGAACAUUCCUACCCCGGAAUCUCUGGGACAGAUCGGUGGCUCUCUGCCCGGCAUCGGGGGCGGUCCUGACAGCUGGAAGAACCGCGCCGCCAGUCGCUUCAGUGGCUUCUUCAGCUCCAACGCCGGAGCGGGGCCCUUUGGCAAGGAGGCGGACCGUCUGGAGCUGCUCCAGAGCAAGCUCCACUCCUACAUGAUGUUCGGGCUGCCCAAGGUGCCACGGCAGCUCUCCUUCCACCAGGACUCGUGGGAGGAAGAGGAGGAGGAGACAGACCUGGCCCUGGAGGACAGUUGGCAGAAGCUGCUGGACAACCCAGAGACAUUGACAAGGCGACAGUUCCACCAGCAGGAGGCCAUAUGGGAGCUGCUGCAGACGGAGGCUACCUACAUAAAGAAACUCCGAGUCAUCACCGAUCUGUUCCUGUGCGGGCUGCUGAACCUGCAGGAGAGCGGUCUGCUGACGGAGGUGGAGCCCGCCAAGCUGUUCAGUAACAUCCAGGAGAUAGUCCGCCUCCACACAGCCCUGUGGAACCAGGUCAUGCUGCCCGUCCUGGAGAAGGCCAGGCAGGGCCGCACUCUGCUCGACCCCACGGACCUUUACCACGGCUUCCGGACGUUUGGCUCCAGGUUCCAGCCCUACAUCCUUUACUGCAUGGAGGAGGAGGGCUUGAUGGAGAACAUGCGCACGCUUCUCAGGGACAAUGAGCUCUUCAGGACCUACGUCACGUGGGCAGAGACCCAUAAGCAGUGUAACCGCCUAAAGCUGCCCGACAUGUUGGCGAAGCCUCACCAGAGGCUGACCAAGUAUCCACUCCUACUGAAGAGCGUUCUCAAGAAGACGGACGAGCCGUCGGCCCGCGACAUUGUCAACAGCAUGGUGGCCGCGGUAGAGGGCUUCAUCAACAGCGUGGAGUCCCGGAUGAGACAGCGCCAGGAGCAACAGAAGCUGGCCACCAUUUCUGCCCGUAUAGACUCCUACGAGGCUGUGGAGGGCAGCAGUGAAGAAGUGGAGAAGAUCCUCAAGGAGUACAACCGCUUCGACCUCAUGACUCCCAUGAGAGGAAUCUCCUCGGAGGAGACGCGACAGCUGCAUCUUGAGGGAGCGCUGAGGAUGAAAGAGGGCAAAGACAGUAGGAUGGAGGUCUAUUGUGUCCUGUUCACCGACCUGCUGCUGAUCACCAAGCCAGUGAAAAGAGUGGAGAAAGUCAAAAUCAUCCGACAGCCUCUCCUCAUUCACAAUGUCGUCUGUAAGGAGCUCAAAGACCCUGGCUCCUUCAUCCUCAUCUACCUCAAUGAGUUUAAGAGUGCAGUGGCAGCCUACACUUUCCAAGCCAACAGCGCCACCCAGGGGCGGAGCUGGGUCGAUGCAAUCUGCAAUGUCCAGAACCAGCUCCAGAGGCUUCGCACUGAGGAGGUCCUCCGCCAGCAGAACAGUCUGAAGACAUGUACGCCGGGCGAGGAAGACGAGCUGGAGGAAGAAGAGAGCAGCAACUCCACCACAAGUUCCCCGUGCCUGAGGCACAAAGACCAGCAGAACUCAAGCCAAUCGGAUGGUUCCACUGAGACCCUGUCGGUGAUGGACGUCGAUGAACCAGGCGAACACCAGCAUCCUUCGCCCAACAUGAACCUCAAGGGAACCGGUAAGAAAGACUCGGAUGGGGCCCCGCUGUCCGAGAGGUGUGAGGUCCAGCGGUCUCGGCCGACGAGCCCCCACAGAGUUCCCUCCGGUCUCUACCCUGAGCACGAUCGGGAGGCGGGGCGUGACGGCGAGGAGGAGAUGGACCUGCAGUGUCGCUCGCUUUCCAUGGACAGCGCCUACGGUACCCUCUCCCCUGAGUCCCUGCUGAGAGAACUCCAGCCUCAGCCGGGCCAAAGCGAAGGCGAGGAUGGGGAGGCCGAGGAGGUGGAGCAGGAAGGGACCGAAAUAGCUGAGGAUGAAGAAGAGGAUGAUGAGGAUGCUGCCUCACUGGGGUCCCAGCUGUCGGUAGUCCAGUCCUCUAAACCGCGCCGGCGGCCUCACGUUCAGCCGCGACUCCACUGCCUCCAGAAUGUGUCCACUCUGGCCUUGUCCCGCUCCGAGGACAACCUGCUGCAGCGCCUCCACGCUAAAAGCGCCAUCUCCCACACGCACUCCCUCAGAUCGCAGGCGCAGGACCAAUCCCGACGUAGGGACGUGAAGACCUCGCCGCUGGCGCACAGCAAGAGCCUGACGGAGCUGGGCCAAAACUGCACGGAGCUGUUUUCCAGCGACCUGGACCAGUCCGACGACUGCUUGAGCAUGAGCAUGCCCUCCGACAAACUGUGCGCCACCCUGAGGAGGGCGGAGGCCAUGCACGGGCACGCGGGACCACGGGAGGGCGGCGCUCAGUCCCAAAGCAACGGCUCCGACGGGGAAGUGGCUCCGUCCGCCUGCGUAGAAAGGAAAGACGAGUCAACAGCCGCCGGUGAUUCGGGGGAAAUGUCUCCUAAAAAGAGGAAAUCCCCAGCCCAGCAGCACAAGAAGCUGACGCUAGCUCAGCUGUAUCGGAUACGCACCACUCUGGUCCUCAACUCCACACUCACUGCAUCGGAGGUAUAACCACUCAUCCAAACAACUGACCAGUGGCACACGGGCAUAAUAAGGAACGACACUUGUUGUGCUUCGAUGGACUGAAUUUCAAAAUGCACUCUCUCGUGUUGCCCUCUCCCUUCUGGUUGCUUUUUUUUUUGGAUACUGCUCGCACUAAUUUUUUGCAUUUCAAAAUUUUUUCUUUGCUCUUGCAUUGGUUUCCGAACUCAUCGCGUGGAAGGGAGAGGCUGAGAGACAUGAACUGCUUGCACUUUGCAAUGGAAGUAGCAUUAUAGGGGCUGGGACCUUAGGGUGGACUGCGGGAGUGUGAACCCGAGUGGAGCUGAAUCCGGCAUCUUCUCCGGCUCAGUUACCAGAGUCAACGAGAAGGAACACUACGUUUUUGAAAAUGUCGUCUAUAUGUGGCAAAAAAAAAAAAAUCUAUACUGCACCUAGGACGUCCUAAUAUUUAUACUACUCCUGGUUUGCUUUAACAAAAGAAAAAAAAAAAGAAGAAGAAAAUUGCACAGUUAUCUAUGUUAAGUAGAAGAAUCACUACAGGAGUGAAUAUACAUUUACAGUCACACAAUGAAUUAGAAUUUGUUGUUUGCUGUUUGUGUGUGUGUGUGAGUGAGUGAGUGAGUGUGUGAAUGAAUGUCUUGUGUUCGAAUGAUAACACGGUCCUCAAUUCCUGACUGAACCAAAACUAAUUCCCAUCUCCUGUGAAUACGCUAACACACCCAAAGAUGGAAGUAGAUUCCCCAAGGAAAAGAAAACGCACCCAAAAAGGAUGGGCUGAUACAGCCAAUCAUGUUUCGACACACAGAUGGACUUCCUUCUUCACUGUUACUCUUGGUUGAACUAAUGCCAAUUUGGUUAUGUUACACUAAUGAGAGUUGAUUUCCUAAAAUAAAACAAUGACUGAAUAUA